AUGUCCCCCAGGAAGGACGCCGGCCCCUCGCCGGCGGCGGCGCCCGCCACCGCGCCUGCCCUAACGCCUUCCCCAUUCAUGCCCAUGUGUCAGAUGCGGCGGGAUGAGUGCGCAGACCUCCUCAAGCUGAUCUCAGGCGUCUCGCGCCCGCUCGAGGACGUCGUGGCGGAUUUCCUCGCCCGCGUCCCGCCCGAGCGCCGCCUCCGCUUCGGUUCCGCCAUCAAGUUUCUCCUCGAGGACAAGGUGAUGUUUCAACCAGCUGAGCGUUUAAUUGCAUUUGCAAUUCUUCAUCAAGGGUAUUCCUCACAGCUGACAAAUCCGUUUGUUCCAUUCUUAAUAAAUGUUGCCUGUGAUGAAAUUUCUGAGAGACCAGAACGUGUUUUUCUCCAGCUUUUGCUAACUUCAGCUAAUGAGGACAACAAUAAGGAGAUCUUGAAACAGUCUGCAGAAGAUUACUUGAAGGAGCCUUCUUAUGCAUCUCAGGUGUUGCUGCCAAAAGACCGUCUUGAAAGCCAAUACUCCUGCAAUGAUGUUCAGCUACAGACAUACACCAGUUGCGCAGCUGCUACGGUUAGAAGUGCUAUUCCUGACCCAGAUGUUUCCCAAAGCUGUGGUGAUUCAUCAGGAAUAUCACCGACCAAACUAAAUAGAGAUAAUGUGGUGACGAAUUUACUUCAACAAACACCACUGAGAGGAUUGUCUCCUCCAUGGAUUAGGCCCUCUCCCCCCAGACUUGAAAUACUUGAAGGGGAGUUGCAGUGGUUGAACCUGGACAACAACCAUGAGCUACUAUGGGAUAGUAGCAUGUGUGCUGACACUAGCCGAGGAGCUUCAAUCCGUGAUUUGGUCGGAAGAGCCUGUAAAGGACCACUUGCCCCUGCCCAACAAGAGCAAGUUGUUUUAGACUUAGCCAGGGACUGGAAGCUAGUUUAUCAUUGCGGAAUGACACCAGAGAAGCUUCCCGACCUUGUUGAACAUAAUCCACUCAUUGCUGUUGAUGUUCUUUCAAAGCUGAUCAAUUGUCCUGACAUGGAUUCUUAUUUCAAUGUUCUUGUGCACAUGGAAAUGAGCCUGCAUUCAAUGGAAGUUGUAAACAGGCUUACUACAGCAGUAGAUCUACCACCAGGAUUCAUUCAUGACUACAUCUCAAAUUGUAUUCGGUCAUGCCAAAAUAUCAAGGAUAAGUACAUGCAAAACAGACUUGUGAGACUAGUUUGUGUUUUUCUACAGAGUCUCAUUCGGAACAAGAUAAUAAAUGUUGAAGAUCUAUUCAUUGAGGUACAAGCCUUCUGCAUUGCGUUUUCUCGAAUAAGAGAAGCAGCUGGUUUGUUCAGGCUUCUCAAAUCUCUAGAGUGA